AUGGCGCGCUACCUCAUCCCACUUAUUGUAAGCGCAGGCCUGGCCCUCGCCAAAACGGACCAUGAAGGCUGCACUUCCUUCACCUCCACCGUCACCGUCCGCACCGAGAUCGGCUACGGCAACACCUACGAGACCAUCAUCUGGUACGUCCCGGACACCCUCGAGAUCUGCCAGGGCGUGGACUGCGGCGGCGGCCGAGCACCACCCCGCAACGUGCCGGGCUGCCCGAUCUAUUCCGGCACCGAGACCGUCACACCCAAGUUCCUGCCCACCGACCCCGCGGCAGUACCUGCGAGCACAGUCGUGACGGUUACACCGACGAGGACGAGCACGGUGGAGACGGUGACGAGGACAACAACGGCGAGCGUUUUGCAAUCGAGCUCGGCGGGUACCAAAGACGGUGACAGCACAACUGGGACUGUUCAGUCGCAAUCCGUGAGGGUUUUCACCGGUCUCCCGACUUUAACCUUGUCUACCUCCACGACGAUUCUUAUAGGAAGUGCGAGUGAAGCUGCAAGCGGAAGUGCGAGUGGGAGUGUGAGCGCGAGCGCGAGCGGGCCGGCGGCGGCCAGAACGGACAUCCCAGCGGGGGCGGGGCCGACGGCUCGCGCUGGUCUUGCGGCCGCGCUCGGAGUAGCGGCUGCCGUUGCGCUUGUUUGA